GCAUUAAGCAGCUUGCUCUCUCUGCCCAGUCCAGUCACUGCGUUGAGCAUUUUGAACAAGGUUGCCAGCAGUCAAGACGAGGUCCGAAAUGUCUCGGCCUUCGUCUCAACAGCUGUCAGGAAUGCGCAACCCACUCCCGGCAAGCAGGAGUUGGAGAGUGCUUUGGCCUUGAUGGAGCAGGCGCGGCAUCUCGAUGAGAAGGCGAUCCGCGAGUUGCAGGGCAAGUCGGUGCAGGCAGCGUGCAACGCCCUGGGAAUCCUCCUGCAGCAAACAGAAGGUUCUGUACGGAAUCCUUCUGC